AUGAUCGCCUCAAUGCCAACUCCGCUUCUCCUCCUCCAUCUGCCUGAUGAAGUUCUCAUUAAUAUUUUCGACUUUCUGGACUUUGAGACGCUCCGUAAGGCUUCGCUGGUUUGCAAGCACUUUCUGGACUUGGCUGAACCUCUGUUGUACCACACUGUCAACAUCCUCAGUGGCGAGCAGGCUGCUGUUUUUUCCGCCAGUCUCUAUGCCAAUCCCCGCCGUGCUACGUGGGUUCGGUCUCUUCUGGUAUCGACCAAAUUCGGAGAGGACGAAGGCUUAAGCAGCCUGCCACCACACAUUGGUCACAUGCGUCAUCUCCAGAAUCUGUGCCUCGAGACUCCGGAUUGCAAUGCCAAAUUCCCCGAAGAGAGAGUCGCUUGGGUCAAUCUCCAGGAUCGAUAUGAACGGAUCUUCGAAAGUGCCUCGGCCGUCGCCCCAGGAGGUCAACGGGUGCUCCCUAAUCUCAAGAGCUGCACGCUGCACUUUGUGGAUGCCCAGAAAGAGAUAUAUUCUAUGACCAAAUACGCCAUGUUGUUUCUGCAUCCGAACUUGCGCUCGCUAACCAUGUCUUGCGCCAGCACUGAUUUUCCUGAUCGGUUGUUGACGCCGUUUCAAGGGGACAAGACGCUAAUGAAGUCAACGAAUCUUGAGCACCUGCACCUGGAGGAAUGCGAUAUCUUUGAGCCCUCCCUCGCGAUCCUACUAAGCUUUCCUAAGGCUUUGAAGUCUUUGAAGAUCAGCGAGGGAAUCCGGUACGACGGAAUCUUCAGUGCUAGAAGCAGUCGCAUGCAUGGGAACGUCCAUCCUGCACUGCUAGUUGAUGCAAUGGCCGAACAUUGCGUUGACUCACUCGAGUAUCUAUCAUUGAGCUUGGGACAUCUCAGACAGGCAUUUCAAAACAUCAAUCAUCCAGGUCACCACUUGGACCUCACUGCAUUCCAAGCACUCAAACAACUUGAUUUGGACGUCCGAACGGUGAACCUGGUUAGGAUCAGAGUGCCGUGCGAUCACGCUACUUGGCGCAGAUUUCCUCCCAACCUCGAAACACUGAAGAUAUUCGGAAUUCCUUUGGGCGAACGACCUCCUUUCCAGGCGAGACGACGAGUCUGGUUCCCCUUUGACAGUUGCCUAGCAGCUGACAAGGCAAAACAUGGUCUCAAAUCGUUGAAGAACCUGAUCUAUUCAUAUGAAUACUACCGUGAAGAUGACGAGAUCCCGAGAACAAGCGUAUCUGACGACGAAAGCGUUGACGAAAUCAGCCAGGUAUCUCUAGCACAUCGAAACAUGAUCGAAAAGUGUAAUGAGGUUCUACCGCAAUAUAGGAAGGCAAAUAUCAGAUUGGAAAUUGAAAUGGUCGCGUUGCCGAACGGGUUCAUUCCACCAUAUCUCUUUCCUGAGGAUAAGCCCAGAAAUUUCAAAUUGUGGGAAUCAGCACCAGAAUGGGAUUAA